AUGAGGCCUGAUCAGAGUGUUGACCUUGGCCAUGUCAAUGUCAUAGAACUUCUUCACAGCCAUUUGGAUGUGGUGCUUGUUGGUCUUAACAUUCACAAUGAACACAAGUGUAUUGUUGCCUUCUACUUUUUCAUGGCUGAUUCGGUAGUCGGGGAAUUUGAUGAUAGCAUAGUGGGUUCCCGGUGGCACAUAGACCUGCAGCCUUGGGCAGGCCCUGCUCAGUCCCUGGAUGAAGAAGCCUCGAGGUUCCUGAGAUAUAUCAGCACCACCCAGAUUGCAUGUGAUCACAUGAGUGCAGACAGCCUGGCUACAGACUCCAGCUCUGCUAAGCAGCCCUGGUCGGUUUGUCUUGAUGACAGGUUUGGCUUAGCUCAUCAAAUCCGCAACAAGCAGUGCCGUCUCUACUCUUUAGGGCUGGGAAGUGAUGAUACCCAGUUUGAAGUCAGCAUGGCCAACAACGGAUGUGAAGUGCAUCGUUUUGAUCCUAGUGUCAAGUCGGCUCAUAUUCUGGAGAAUCAGCGCCUCUGGUAUCACCGCUUGUCCAUUGACUGGCGGGACCCCCAUCCAGCUGUUGCUGCCCUAAAGCCGCAUAGCAACACCAGAAAAUUGGGGACCAUUUUGAAUGAAUUUGGGCAUCACAAGAUUGAUGUUCUCAAAGCAGAUCUGGAGAGCGCAGAAUGGAAAGUUUUGGAAAAUCUUAUUCUGGAAGAUGUCCUGGAACAGAUUGGACAGCUCGUCUUUGAGAUCCAUCUCCACUGGCCUGGGUUCGAGGUCAGUGGCAGCGACAGCAGUGUCGUGCGGUUCUGGUACAGCCUCCUCAAAGAGUUAGAACUAAACGAUUUCAGGCUUUUUCACAGUUACAAAGAUUUAUCUAAACCUCAGCUGUUCCUGAAGAAAGACAUGUUCAAUGCAAGUAGCUGUUAUACUCUUGGUUGGGUAAAUACCAGGUGGAAAUAGGAUGCAGGGCCUCAUCAAAACUCAAGGAAAUAUUUGCAGAGCCGAGUACAUCCACGAUUCUAAUGAUUGUUGUGCAGUCUCCCACCAGCCUGUUACCUGCUUGAGGCAGGCGUUGUUAUUGCCUUUGUGGUGCAUGCAGCCUGGCGCCUGCCGUGAGGUAGGGGCACAGUUACCCCUUGUUGAAGGGGUGGACACAGGAACGCCACAGGAGUCAGCCGUCAUCUGCCCUGACCAGGCUCUUGGCCUGUCUGCCUCUGACAGAGUAGGGAUGCUCAUCUUCCUUCAUUUUUAGUUGGAAGAUAACCCCCCACUUACCUCGGUUUUCUCUAAAGUUCAUUAUGUUUCUACAGGGUGUUCAAAAAAAAGUAUUCACACUUUAAGAGCUGAUAGCUCACAUUUGAAAAUGAAAUGUAUUUUAAUAUACACUGCCUUAAUAAUUAUUCAAAGGUGAGUAUACAUUUUUGGGGGACACCCUAUAUAAUCCAUGAAUUCACCAACAUGACAUUUUCCAUUUUCCAUUUUCACUGGGUUGAUGAACACACUGGGUUUGUAGCCUGCUGUUUAGCAUAGGACCUUGCAUUUGACUUGAACUCACCUCUUUCAUGUUCUCCUUGUUCACCUGGUCAGGAAUGUCCUUUACACCUUGUGGUUUUCCAUCACUCCUCUUGAGCAUUUCCUGAGGCUAUGCCAUGGUUUUAUAAGAAGUACAGUUCUGGUAUCUGGGAACAGACACACCGCAUUCUGUCACUGAGUUUAAGACUAGACAAUCAUGAACUGCAACUCAGCAUUCUUUUCAUAGCAGCCUUAAAAUCCCCAUCUGUUCCUGUGAACGAAGCACAAAGCAGAAUUUGAGUGUCUUUAUUGUUGCCUCUUCUGACUUCACACCUGAUUUCUCAACCACAGACUCGCCUAUGCUGUUAAUUCUUUACACACACACACACACACACACACACACACACACAGACACACACACACACACACACACGAACACAAACUCAAAGAUGGAAGGGCCAGAGUCUCUUUCCUGGGAUGCUUACAUAGCACCAAUCCUUUCUACUUAAAAAAAAUGUAAGCAGGAAAUACAGGUUCUCAAUAGUUCAAGUGAUCUUUUUUAGUUCUAUUUGCAGGAUUAGACAUUUAUCCCCAUGAAUAAUUUUCAAAAUUCCUAUUUCAAAUAAAUUAAGUAGUAUAAAAUCAACCAAAUUAUUACCUUAUUGUAAGUUAAGUAUAUUUUCUGACACUUUUUAUAUACUAACAGAGUAGGAAAACCAUACCAUACAUGUUUGUUCAAGAAAUUUGAGGAGGGAACAGGAUACUGGUUACUACUGAACAUUAUUCCCUUCCCCAUUUUUUUUUUUAAAUCUACUUCUACCUAAGACAUUCCCUGGGUUGGCUUUUUGGUUUUUGCAGUGUUUGAAAAUAUCAUUCCUCAAGUGAGAAACCAAAAUACAUUAGAGUUGGAUAAUCUCACUAAUGUUGGGUUCAAAAGAAACAAGACUUUCUGAAUUAGUGAUGAUUUUUAAAAACAUAAAUGAGGCUUUUAUUUUAAAACCCAUAGUACACUAAUAAAAGUCAUUGAGGUGGGAAGACCAGCUUGCAUAAGUGUGAUUUGUAACUGCACUUCAGUUGCUUUUACUCUCCACAGGAAUUUCAGAGGUACAAGGGGCCAUAAAAACUCUAAAGUUAUACUGUUGGUUUGCAUGGCAUAGCCUCCAAAACAGAGUUAACUUUUAGUCCAGUUCCUGUUUGGAUUAUGUCACAGAUUCUCUUUUACUUUUUUUUUCAUAAAAAUCCUACACACUGAAGUAUAUCCAGUAAAUGUUUUUAUACAUUCAAUCCUUUAAACCGUCUUAUACAUUAACAUAUGAAGUAUACUGAUCUUAAGUGUCCAGAUGUAUACACAAUCAUAUCAAUAUUUUUAAUUCAUGGGCUUGAAGACUUGGGCAUUACUGAAAGCCCCCUUUGUACAGGGCAAGUUACCAUUUAUUCCAGAUUGGUGGUACAGAACACUGACUUCAUCACACUCCAUAUAUAUAUAUCUGAAGCAAGAAUGGGUGUACUGUUUAAAAAAAAGACGAACUCAAAAUAAAUCACAAACACACCCACCCACGCCCACCUACAAGGCAGCCUGUUCAGUAGUUAUUCGUACUUAUUUUAUGCUUAUUUCUGAGACUGUCCUUCAUUCCCUUUAUGGAGAGCUUGAAAAUUAUGAUGAAGUUCUGACUGUUGCUAUGGUUUCCCUGCCUCUAGAAUUUAUUGUGAUUCUUGUGUUGGCCAGGGUUUCUUAACCUCAGCACUACUGCCAUUUGGGGCUGGAUCGUUCUUUGUUGGGGGAGGGAGUGCAUUGUGGGAUGUGUAGCAGCAUCUCUGGUCCUCCCCACUAGCCUCCAGAGCACCUUCUCCCUCCCUUUCAGUGUGGUGCCAAAUGUCCCCUAGGGGGCAGAACCCCCACCGUGGAGAGCUGGGGUUGGCCAUGAGAAAUGGUCUAGGUUACCACAGCACUGGUGUUUGGGAAGAUGCUGCUGGUGAAGAGCAGGCAAAACCACCACAAAAGAACACAAACAAAAUACAAACAAACAAAAUCAAGGGCUGUUAUUUAUUGAGCACUUACUGGGUGCCCAGCGCUGUCAUGGAUUAUUCCUAAUUCUCCCAACAACCCUCCAAAGAAGUGUCAUUUUCCCAGAUGACAUAUACAGGUAAGGACACUCGGAGAGGUUGGAUAGUUUAUUCAGAUCAUUCAACUAAUAGGUGGCGGGGCAGGAAUCCACAUCUUGGCCUGUCAGAUCCCAAAGCCCAUGCUGGUCCCUCCACAGUGCUGCCUCCACAGCCUCUAACCAAUGUAAGAUGCUUCUUUCAAAGGACAUAUUUUUGCCUUUCUAUUAGUAAGUGGGGGUGGGGAGGACGACCCUACAAAUAUACUAAGACCAGACCUGCAAAUCUAUUAGAGUUGGGGUUAUUUUUGUAGCCUGCAGAUUUAAUUUUAAAAGCCUACUUCAUUAAAAUACGCCUGCCAAAUGGAGACUUACUGAAAAAUGGGACCCAACGAAUUCUCUGUCAAUAUGUUCAGGUUGCCAGAAAAGCUCUUGCAAGGCCCUGGAAGUGACUCUUGGCCCUGGCUCUUCCCAACACUUGGCACUUUUCCUCUUGGGUUUUAGGAAGGGCACAGUCGCUUGGAAGUGUAGUGUGAGUUCCCUUUGUUUCAAACUAGAUUUUGAUCCUCGAUAAAUGAGCUCCGAUGAGAAUAUCUGCGACAUCAUUAACUCUUACCAGAGCAAUGCUCAUAAGUGAAUCUGAAAAUACAAAUUUAAUAAUGCUCUUAUCCAAUGAUCGAAAAAACGGUUCUUUUUCAGGAGAAAAACAUGUGAGGAUGUAAGAGAUUCAAAGGUCACCUUUUCGCACAAACUCUGUUACAAUUUGAGAUUUAAAGUAAAAGAAAAACAAUUUUUCCUUUCCCCUUUUCUUAGAGUGAUUGUAUUUUAUGCAGUUUUACUAGGUUAUUAUAUAAAUAUUUGUAGCUGUUUGACAUGUGCAAAUGAAGAGAGCCAGGGAGAAGUAAACUUCCCUUAGAAUUGACUUGACGAUCCAUGAGUGUUUACGUCAGGGUAGAGCAAAAGUAAAUUCAGGAAUUUACAGUGUUUAGUUUGAAUCGGCUAUUCAUAUAAGCAGUUCUGCCUUGGCUGUAAGAGUUUCGUAUGUAAUAAAUACAGUAGGAGAUUUGCAUUUCCUAAGUAUUACAUGUUGGGAUUUUGCAAAGCUUGGAUUUAUACCAGAAAACUAGCUUCAUCAUAUUUUGCCAGAUUAAAAUGAAGGCCUUAUUUAAACAGAUUGUUAUACUUAACAUUGCAUUGGUAGCUCCAAGCUCAAUUAAUAUAAUCUCUUCUUCUAAAGAUAAAUUUAUGUUUUCCUUUUAAGCAAUAACAUAAUUUUUUUGUAUUAGCCAAUUGCUGGCUCUUUGUGAAUUCAAUAAAACAUUUAAACUU